AUGCAGCCUCUCCUGUGUGUCCUCACUCUCGCAUCUUUGGCCUUGGCAUUUGACCAUUCUGCGAGGGAGAGUAAGCGCCAACUUGGUGGUGGAAGAGUCCGCAGCACGGCCAACGAGUUUAAGGAUGACGGCUGCAACGACAUCGUUUUCGUCUGGGCUCGUGGCUCCACAGAGAUUGGCAACAUGGGAACUAUCGUCGGUCCUGAUGUCGCCAACAAUUUGAAGGACGCAUUCCCAGGCCAGGUAGCUGUGCAGGGUGUUGACUAUGCUGCUCUGCUCUCGACUAACUUCGUCCCCGGAGGUGCUGACCCUGUUGGCAUUCGCGAGAUGCAAUCGAUUCUCGAGGAUGCUAUGAGCCAAUGCCCUGACUCCGUGAUUGUCACUGGCGGUUAUUCCCAAGGCGCAGCCAUUAAUCACCGUGUCAUCGAAGAUCUCCCCCAAGAUCAACAGGAUCGUAUCGCUGGCGUUAUCAUGUUCGGCGACACCCAAGAUCGCGCCGAUGGGGGCCAGAUCCCUAACUUCGACCCAACUAAGACGGAGAUUAUCUGUGCCUCGCUACCCCGGGACACUGUAUGCGACGGUGUUCUCUCUGCCGCUGUCCUACCGCCUCAUCUUUCUUACGGCCGCAAUGCUGGGGAGGGUGCUGAUUUCCUCAUUGGUCAGGUUAGGGGCGUCUUGAGUGCUGGGACAAAGUAA